CGCAGGGAGAUCUGUUGCUCGCCUUUUUGCUGUCGAUCUGGAGCCUACGCCAUGCACAUCUCAGAUCUUGGUUCAUAGCUACGCUGGGGAUGAGUCGAGUGGCUGCACCAUGCUUAUCCUGUUCCCUAUUGGGAAGCAUCGCACCGACUGCUCUGCUGCUGCUCGCUGCCCGUGUGGACGCCUUCAUCCGCGGAUCUGUCCAGGCGUUUGCUGUCGAACGGCCCCUCUUUCCCCUGCCGUCUGCACACAGACGGCAACCAGUCACUGCGCUGCACUCAGUGAUGCUCCAACCAGGUGGGUACGCAGCCAAGGGCAAGCAAUUAAUGGUGCGUGCGAAUGAAUGUUGGUCUGUCUGUCUGCAUGCUUCUGGUUGGUGUCAACAGGUCGACUAAACAUGGACGCCUUCUUCGCCAAGGAUCUGCCGGGCAAUGACGAGCCGGACAUUCCGUACGAGCCGGACCCUGAGGACUAUGACCCGCUGACCGACCCACGGUACCACGAGGCCCGGCAGACUCUGAGGCAGCUCAACCAACCGGCCGGACUGAUCAUGCCGACGCAUCCCGACACCCUCACCAACUACACUGAUGCGGAGAUCGACAUGAUGGAUGCGUAUCAGGUGCAGUGUGAGCUGGCCUACCGGGCAUACAGGACACGAGGGCCCAACUUCACAAUCAGACAACGGUAGGUACACCCUCACACCCUCACACGCAGGAACAUCCAUCCAUCCAUCCGUCCAUCGGUGCGUGCAGGCUCAAGGACGCCAUGCGCAACCCCAAGCAGCUGCGCGACCCUGUUGAGCGGCCCAAGAGUGAGCUGGAGAUCCAGAGCGAUGAGGUCAUACGUGAGCUGCGGGAGGAGCGGCAGGCCGAGCAGGCGGCGCUCGACGACAAGAGAAAGAUGGAGGGGUCUGAGGGUGUCAGUCGAGAUGACGUCUUGGCGGAUGAGCCUAUCGAGCUGAGGCUGGCCAAGAGGAUGAGGGAGGUUGACGAGAAAAUCGAUGAGCUGGAGAGGGUGAGUGAGGACACCGCAGGAUAGGAUGGCACCUGUGGAUCCAUUCAUUCGUGCCCUCUCUAUCUGUCUGUGCGGGUGUGUUGUUGUGUUCGUUCGUGUCAGCGUCGUUGGAUCUGCAGCUGGCAGGACGAGUGGGACCAGAUGGCUGAGGAGAUGAAGAUGAAGGCACUUGCGGAUGAUGACAAGAACCUCACAGACAUCGGAUACGUCGAGGGAGGACGUACGCACCACACCGACAACCAGACAACCAGACAGACAGACAGACAGACACGCGUGGCUCAUCGGGUGGUGUGGUGUGGUGUGGCAGUGUCUGGCCGCUGGCCUGCCGACCAGUGGCCUGAGAUCGAGAAGUACUACAAGAUCGGCAACCAGGGGGACAUGCCCGAGGGCAGCAUCACUCUCGAACACAACCCGGUAGGCGGGCCGGUAUGUAUGGGCACAGUAAGGAACGGGACGCACUAUGGAUUACAAGUGAUAAUGGUGACCCUGCCGCACGUGUGUGCAGGAGCUGGCUGUCCAGCAGAAGCGCAGAUUCGUCGACCGGAGCCAAGGGAUGGGCACCUUCACACUCAUGGUGGGUGGGUGCCUUGGCGGGGGUGGGUGGGUCGGGUGGGGGGUGGGCUGGCGGCCGCAAGGCAUCAACACGCAUUCGGGCCGCUCCUUUAUGGAUUGAUGUGUGUACGUGUGUAUGUGUGUGUGCAGGAGAUCCACGAGCACUACCACGUGCCGCUGCGUUUCCUGGGUGACGUGUGCUGCAAGUGGGGGGCGCCUGCACCGGUUCCACUCGAUGUGCCCGUCAAGGUAGGUGGACCAGAACACGCCAUUUCCGUUGCAUGGAUCGAUGGAUGGAUGGAUGGGUUUCAGGAGCUGAUUUCUGGCGAGUUUGUGUGGCAUUUGAUCGAGACGGUCCACUACUUUGACCCAUUUGACCUCGAUGACCUGUGCGCACCACGAGCCAUGCGGACACAGACUGCAUAUUUGUGCGUCACUCACUGUGAAUGGUGUGUGGUGUGUGGUGUGUGGUGCAGUUACAUUGAGCGUGACAUCAUCGAUUUGGGUCGGAAGUUCAAGAUGCGCACCUCUGACCUGGAGAAGGUCUGCGACCAACUCGACAUCAGGUGGGCCCACACGGCAAGGCAAGACGACACCAUCCCAUCCAUCCACACACAUACACAUACACAUACACAUACACAUACACAUACACACAGACACAGGUGCUCUCCGCUUGUCUGUGUGUCAUGUCAUGUGUGUCAGGUUGCCAUUUGGCGUGGAGACUCAGGUCUCGAGAGAUGACUACAUCAAAAUCUGCAAAAGGAUCGGCGUCGAACUCGUAAGUGGGAAAGGAAGCCAACACACACACGGAGACUGCGGUGAUGUCUCAUCUGCAUGUAUGUGUCCAUCGAUGGUCUUCCUGUGUGUGUGUGUGUGUGUGUGUGUGACAUGUGGUCAGCCGCCCGACCCCUCCCAAGCCCCCGACAGCCCCACGCGUUUCCUCUUUGGCAAAGACACCAUCCUGCCGCCAGAGGAACUCAAGGACCUGAAAGUGGACAUAUAGCUAGCUAGGUGCGUCUUCUGUGGUGUGGGUAAAGGAAAGGUGUUUCAUUGUCUCAUGAGCUCGCUUGCUCGAGGUCCAUGGACCACGUGCAUGGUUGUGGUGGCGCGGGGACUUAGCGGUUUGUGUAAGCUAAGCACAGCCCUGAAGCACAACCCUGUAGAAAGAAGUUAGAGAGCGUCGGCGGGGUCUGGGGGUACGGUACGUCCACACAGACGG